AUGGCGCGCUUAAGGGUGGCUUUUCUCGGCCCGUUAGCAUCUUUCUCGCACCAGGCUGCCGCCGAGGCCUUUGACAAAAUAUCAGCCUCAUUACUUCCUCAACUCUCCUUCGCCGAUGCCUUUGUCGCACUUCAAAACCAAGAGGUCGACUACGCCGUGAUCCCUUGCGAAAACUCAACCAAUGGCUCGGUUGUUCAGACUCUCGACCUCCUCGCCGAUCGCAAUGAUGACUAUAAGGAUGUGAAAGUCUGUGGCGAGUACUAUCUGACCGUCCACCACUGCUUGUUGGUUCACAAGGGCUCAUAUCCCUCUGGUUGGUCGGGGUAUGACGGGUCUAUCACCAAGCUAUACACACACCCCCAGGCAUGGGGCCAAUGUGAGGGAGUCCUUUCUAAAUAUUUCAAGGGAGUGGAAAGGCAGGAUGUCUCUUCUACAUCCAAAGGUGCCGAAAUUGUUUCAAAAGAGCCGACGGAGAAUAACGCAGCCAUUGCCAGCCGCUUCGCCGCCGAAUACCACGGUGUUGAUGUACUGAAAGAGAACAUCGAGGAUCGGGCUGAUAAUACAACUCGGUUCCUAAUUUUGAGGAAUGUUCUUGCUGCGCGGACGGCUGAGCUUGACUUGGGACAGCUCAAGGCGACCACUCUGGAAGAACAGCCCAACACGCACAAAACGCUGAUCUCGUUCUCCAUUGAUCACGCCUCACCAGGUGCAUUAGCCAGCGCGCUUUUGAUUUUCAAGCAACAUGGUUUGAAUCUCACGACUAUAAAUACUAGGCCCAGUUUGAAACGGGCGUGGCAGUAUAUCUUUUUUGUUGAAUGUGGACGAACGCUAUCCGAGGAGAAUAAGGAUGCAGUUGUCAACGCAUUACAAGAUCUACAAAACGUUACUGAGUCGUGUAGAGACCUGGGAACGUGGGAAGAUCAACUGGGUGCGCAAACUGCAUGA